GCAACACAACUCUCAUCCCAAGUCCUGACCAUGGCCUGCUGCUCCACUAGCUUCUGUGGAUUUCCCACCUGCACCACCAGUGGGAACUGUGGCUCCAGCUGCUGCCAACCCAGCUGUUGCCAGACCAGCUGCUGCCAGCCCAGCUGUUGCCAGACCAGCUCCUGUCAGCCAACCUGCUGCCAGACCAGCUGCUGCCAGCCCAGCUGUUGCCAGACCAGCUCCUGUCAGCCAACCUGCUGCCAGACCAGCUCCUGCCAGCCCAGCUGCUGUGGAACCAGCUGUGGCACUGGUGGUGGCCAGGAGGGUGGCUGCGGAGCUGUGAGCUGCCGAGUCAGGUGGUGCCGCCCUGACUGCCGCGUGGAGGACACCUGCCUGCCCCCCUGCUGCGUGGUGAGCUGCACGCCCCCAACCUGCUGCCAGCUGCACCAUGCCCAGGCCCCCUGCUGCCGCCCAUCCUACUGUGGACAGUCCUGCUGCCGCCCAGCCUGCUGCUGUUACUGCUGCCAGCCCAGCUGCUGCCAGCCCACCUGCUGUGAGCCCACCUGCUAAAGCAAGGCUGCUGAUUAAGAAAGAAGGAAAGGAGAAGCUAAGCAAACUGCUCUGAUCUCUGAAGAAGUGUUCAAUUUUACUCCCAUGCUAAGUAUCAUGAUGUUUCUAAGUCACUCAGAAAUGAGUCUUAGGACCCUCUUGGAUGUGCUGAACUAGCAUGCUGAAAGCAUGUGUCAAUCAAAGUAUCUAGAUAUCCUGCCUUGCUUGAAAAGGCACCAGGGUGGGGUAUUUCUUCAUUUCAGUGACAUCUCUGGUCUCCUCCCUUUCUCUUGAUCCCCACUAAUUUUCAGACAUUUCUCCUUGAAUAUCCCCUUAAUUUCAAA